AUGACGACACACGAAGGAGGUCACCGCUUCACGUUGAAGACUGCCGCUGACUACGCGGCCUGGAGAGACGAACUGUCGGCCGUGCUGCAGGCGCGAGGGCUAUGGGACUUAGCCUUCGGGGACACCGCCGAACCCACGCAGCUACAAGGAGAGACCGCCGCCCAGUUCGCACUUCGAGGCAUCGACUUCAACCAGCGCAAGAUGCAAGCCGCCGGCCUCAUUCGCCUGAGCCUCGGACGACACUUCCGAUCCAUCGUCAAGCAGCAUGAGACGGACCCGAGGAGGAUGCUCGAGACGCUCGACGCCCAGCUCAAGCCGAAGGCGAACGCCGGCAAGCUCGAUAUGCUCAUGCGCCUGACCAACAUCAAGCGCGACAGCAGUGAAGACCUUGACGCCUACUUCGGACGCAUCUACGCGCUCGCCGGAGAGCUGGAGGCCAAUGGCCUAGCACUCCCAGAGACGUACCUCCUCAUGGUCACGCUCAACGGCCUGCCCACAGACUACGACCCAGUCCGCACCGUCAUCGAGAGCACCGACGACAUCAGCCUGUCGAAGGCACAGAAGAUGCUCCGCAACAGAGAGGCGCUCCUUCUCACUCGCGGAGACCACGCUGAGUCUGUCAACUACGAGGCGAAGAAGAAGUCCAGUCAAGGCAGGGAGCCCAAGUGCUACUACUGCGGUGAGAUCGGACACAUCUGGCCUGACUGCCUGAAGCGCAAGUGCUACGACAAGGCUGACCGCGUGAACGUGGCCCAACGUGACCUCUCCGACACUGACGAUGAAACCGUCCUGGCCACCGUGGAGCAGCGCAAGGCGAUGACCAACGAGGAGAACACCUGGUACCUCGAUUCAGGUGCCAUGUGUCACGUCACCUGUAAUCAGGACUGGCUCCAUGACUACGUUGAUCUCACUGGUGAAUCCCACAACCUGAUCCUCGGCGACAACUUCAAGUGCUGUAUUCAUGGCUACGGCACGCUUCACACCACCACUCACGUGGAUGGGGGCAAGCGCAAGGUCACGUUCCAGAAAGUCCUCUACGCACUGGAGCUAGCCAAGAAUCUACUCUCAACAGCACGCAUUGCCAGCAAGGGCUGCCAACUCACCAUCAACACACAGGGCUGCUGA